AUGGCGACGAACAAACUUACUUACUCAAAUCUUCCUCUUCUGCUCCUGGUCAUCUUGCACACAGUCUCUGGACAUCCGCAGUAUAUGGUGCUGGUCCCCUCCCUGCUCCAUACUGAGACCACUGAGAAAGGCUGCCUACUUCUAAGCCAUCUGAAUGAGACAGUGACUGUAAGUGCUUCCUUGGAGUCUGUCAGGGGAAACCAGAGCCUCUUCACUGACCUCACAGCAGAGAAGGACUUAUUCCACUGCAUUUCCUUCACUGUGCCUCGAUCUUCAAACAGUGAUGAAGUAAUGUUCCUCUCUGUCCAAGUGAAAGGACCAACUCAUGAUUUCAAGAAGAGGAGCACAGUACUGGUUAAAAAUGAAGAGAGUCUGGUCUUCAUUCAGACCGACAAACCCAUCUACAAACCAGGACAGGAAGUGAAGUUUCGUGUGGUAUCAUUGGAUGAAAAUUUUCACCCUCUGAACGAGUUGAUUCCACUAAUAUACUUGCAGGACCCCAAAGGAAAUCGUAUUGCACAAUGGCAAAACGUCAAGUUAGAGACUGGCCUCAAGCAGUUGUCCUUUCCUCUCUCUUCAGAGCCCUCCCAGGGCUCCUACAAAGUGGUGGCACAGAUGAAAUCAGGCAGAAGGAUAGAGCAUCCCUUCACUGUGGAGGAAUUCGUGCUUCCCAAGUUUGAAGUGCAAGUAACAGUGCCAAAGAUAAUCACUUUCUUGGAAGAAGAAGUGAAUGUGUCCGUGUGUGGCCUAUACACCUAUGGGAAGACUGUCCCUGGACAUGCAACUGUGAGCAUAUGCAGAAAGUAUAAUGACCUUUCUAACUGCUAUGGUGAAGAGUCGGAGGCACUCUGUGAGAAAUUCAGUCAGCAGCUAAAUAGCAAUGGUUGUUUCUUGCAAAAAGUAAAUACCAAGAUCUUCCAGAUGAAGAGGCAAGGGUAUGAAAUGGCACUUCAAGUAGAGGCCAAGAUCCGAGAAGAAGGAACAGAGGUGGAAUUAAUUGGACGUGGGACCACUGAAAUUACAAGAACUGUAACCAAACUGUCAUUUGUAAAAGUGGAUGCAAACUUUAGACAAGGGAUCCCCUUUUUUGGACAGGUGCGUCUAGUGGAUGGGAAAGGUGUUCCCAUGCCAAAUAAACUUGUCUUCAUCCAAGCAAAUGAAGCUAACCAUAACUCCAAUGCCACCACCGAUGAGCAGGGCCUGGUGCAGUUUUCCAUCAAUACCACCAGUGUCAUAGGGACUACCCUCUCUGUCAGAGUCAGCUACAAGACUCAUAGUCCCUGCUAUGGCUAUAAUUGGCUGGUAGAAGAAAACAUAGACGCUUUCCACACUGCUAAUCAUGUAUUCUCCCUAAGCAAGAACUUUGUUCACCUUGAGCCCAUAGCUUAUCCUCUACCUUGUGGUGAAACUCAGAAAAUCCAGGCACAUUAUAUUUUGAAUGGACAACUCUCAAAGGAUUUGAAGGAGCUCAUCUUCUAUUACCUGAUCAUGGCAAAAGGAGGCAUUGUCCGAACUGGAACUCAUGCAUUACCUAUAGAGGAUGGAGACAUAAAAGGCCAUUUUCCUGUGUCAGUCCCUGUGGAGUCAGACAUUGCUCCCAUCGCGCGAUUGCUCAUCUAUGCCAUUUUACCUGAUGGAGAAAUGAUUGGUGAUUCUGUAACAUAUGAGGUUGAAAAUUGUCUGGUCAAUAAGGUGGAUUUGAGCUUCAACCCAGCACAAAGUCUUCCAGCCACACCCACCCACCUGAAAGUCUCAGCUACUCCACAGUCCCUCUGUGCUCUCCGCGCAGUAGACCAAAGUGUACUGCUCCUGAAGCCCGAGGCUGAGCUCUCCACAUCCUCGAUUUAUAACCUGCUACCACUGAAAGACCUCACUGGCUUUCCUCAAGGUUUGAAUAAUGAGGAAGAUGAUGAAGAUUGUGUCAAUCACCCAAAUGUCUAUAUUAAUGGAAUCAUGUAUUCCCCAGUAGCAAACACAAAUGAAAAAGAUAUGCAUAGCUUCCUAAAGGACAUGGGCUUAAGGGUAUUCACCAACUCAAAGAUUCGUAAGUUCAAAAUAUGCUCACAGCCUAGAGUCUAUGCAAUGCGUGCACCCCAAGGACUAAUGAAUGCAAUCCAUACUGAGGGUUUUCCCUUUAGAAGCCAAGCCUUCAUGAAAAUGGAAUACAGUUCAGAAGUGUUAGAGAGUCGCGUAGAGACUGUGCGAAAAUAUUUCCCUGAGACAUGGAUCUGGGACUUGGUGGUGGUUGACUCAUCAGGUAUGGCUGAAGUGGAAGUAACAGUCCCUGAUACCAUCACCAAGUGGAAGGCAGGGGCCUUCUGCUUGUCCAAUGAUACUGGACUUGGUCUCUCUCCUCCUGCUACUCUCCAAGCCUUCCAGCCCCUCUUUGUGGAGCUCACAUUGCCCUACUCUGUGGUCCGUGGAGAGGCCUUCACACUCAAGGCCACGGUUUUAAACUACCUUUCCCAGUGCAUCCAAGUCCAUGUGCAGCUGGAAGACUCCCCAAAAUUCUUAGCUGUCCCAGUGGAAAAGGAACAAGAGUCUCACUGUAUCUGUGGGAAUGGGCGACAAACUGUGUCAUGGGCUAUAACCCCAAAGUCACUGGGAAAUGUGAAUUUCACUGUGAGUGCAGAGGCACUGGAGUCUGAAGAGCUGUGUGGGACAGAGAAGACUGUGGUUCCUAAAAUGGGAAAGAAAGAUACAGUCAUCAAGUCCCUGCUGGUUGAACCUGAAGGACUAGAGAAGGAGACAACAUUCAAUUCCUUGUUGUGCCCAUCAGGUGCAGAGGUAUCUGAAGUAUUAUCCCUGAAGGUGCCACCAAACGUGGUAGAGGAAUCUGCCCGAGCUUCUGUUUCAGUUUUAGGAGACAUCCUAGGCUCUGCCAUGCAAAACACACAAAAUCUCCUCCAGAUGCCCUAUGGCUGUGGAGAACAGAACAUGGUCCUCUUUGCUCCUAACAUUUAUGUUCUGGAUUAUCUGAAUGAAACACAGCAACUCACUCCAGAAAUCAAGACCAAGGCAAUUGGCUACCUCAUCAAUGGUUACCAGAGACAGCUGAACUACAAGCACCAUGAUGGCUGCUACAGCACAUUCGGGGAAAAAUAUAACCGAAACCCAGGGAAUACAUGGCUCACAGCCUUUGUACUGAAGACUUUUGCCCAGGCUCGACACUACAUCUUCAUCGAUGAAUUUUACAUCACCCAAGCCCUCACCUGGCUUGCCCAGAGGCAGAAAGACAAUGGCUGUUUUAGGAGCUCUGGGUCACUGCUCAACAAUGCCAUUAAGGGUGGAGUAGAUGAUGAAGUGACCCUCUCUGCUUAUGUCACCAUUGCCCUUCUAGAGAUACCUCUCCCAGUCACCCACCCUGUUGUCCGUAAUGCCCUGUUCUGCCUGGAGUCAGCCUGGAAAUCAGCCCAAGAUGGAGCCCAAGGCACCCAUGUCUACACUAAGGCACUGCUGGCCUAUGCUUUUGCCCUGGCAGGUAACCAGGAUAAGAGGAUAGAGAUACUCGAGUCUCUUGGCAAAGAAGCUGUGAAGGAAGACAAUUCCAUGCACUGGACGCGACCUCAUAAGCCCAAGGCCCCAGUGGAAUCUGUUUACCAAUCCCAGGCUCCCUCUGCUGAUGUGGAGAUGACGGGCUAUGUGCUCCUUGCUUACCUCACUGCCCAGCCUGCCCCCACAUCGGAAGAACUAACUACUGCAUCACGCAUUGUGAAGUGGAUCACAAAGCAACAGAAUUCCAAUGGGGGCUUUGCUUCAACUCAGGACACAGUGGUGGCUCUCUAUGGUUUGUCCAGAUAUGGAGCAGCUACUUUCUCCAAGACAGAGAAGGCUGCACAAGUGACCGUUCAGGACUCACAGGCCUUUUCCACAAAUUUCCAAGUGGACAACAGCAACAAGCUGUUGCUACAGCAAGUCUCAUUGCCAGAAGUUCCUGGGAAAUACAGUGCAAAAGUGACAGGAGACAGAUGUGUCUACCUCCAGACAUCUUUGAAGUACAAUAUUAUCCCAGUGAAACAAACAUUCCCAUUUGCUUUAGAGGUAAUGACUACACCCCAAACUUGUGAUGGAGCCAAAGCACACACUAGCUUUGAGAUCUCAUUGAAUGUCAGUUACACAGGAAGCCGUUCUGUCUCCAAUAUGGUGAUUAUUGAUGUGAAAAUGGUAUCUGGUUUUAUUCCCCAGAAACCAACAGUGAAGAUGCUUGAAAAAUCUAACCAUAUCAGCCGGACAGAAGUCAGCAUGAACCAUGUAUUGAUUUACCUGGAUAAGGUGACAAAUCAGACACUGAAUCAAUCCUUCAUGGUUCUGCAGGACAACCCUGUAAGAGAUCUCAAACCAGCCAUAGUAAAAGUAUAUGAUUACUAUGAGACAGAUGAGUUUGCAAUUGCUGAGUACAGCGCUCCCUGCAGCAAAGAUCAAGGAAAUAUUUGA